AUGGGAGCAUUUGGUAACAGUGCGUAUGGAGCCCGAGGUCGGCUCGUCAAAUUUUCAUAUAUAGUCACUGCACUCAUUUCAAUCCUCUUCUCAAUAAGCUGUAUAUGCUACGGUAUCUGGCUGCUUGCUCGUCGAUCCCAAUAUGCAGAACUUGUUUCCCCCUCACUUUAUGUGGAUGUUGGAAGAAUUCUCGUAAUUAUCAGUAUCCUUUCAAUCGCCAACUAUCUGAUAUGCUUCUAUGCAAUUUUCAAGGAAAUGAGGUGUAUUGUCACAUCGUGCGCAGUUGCUUCUAUUGUCAUCGCCGUAAUGCUCAUUAUCGGCGGAUUAAUCGGAUUGAAUUUCCGUGACCAACUGACUCAUUAUACACCAUUAAACCUGAAAAUGCUCACCUCACUUCGAGAACUUUAUGGAACACACGAUAUGAAGGGAAUCACAGAAUCAUGGGAUGCUCUUCAGUCAAAUUUCAAAUGUUGUGGUGUCAAUGGUACUGAUGACGCUCAAAUUUGGAAGACGUCAAAAUGGUACAUGCAUCAGAAGGCUCCAAAAUCACUGAUUCCAGAGUCUUGUUGCAUACCAUCCGAAAUCGAGGAAUGUCGAACAAAUCCAUUUGGAAGUGCAACGCCUCCAUACUACACAAAAACAUGUUACGAACCACUACAAAACGAUCUGUUACAUGUUAUGAACGUGGCUUCUUGGCUGUGUAUAACCAACGCCAUUGUACAGAUUAUACCAUCAAUCGCCAGUUGCUGGUAUUCGAGACUUAUUCGAAAAUAA